UCCAACAAGGCUUAAGAGUUACAAGCAGCUGGCUCCGCACUGGGCUGUGUCCCUUUAAGGUUACCCCCCACCCUCUGAUUGAAUUGAAUACACGGUGCUCUUCUCGUGCACGCUCUUUUUUAUUUCGGCAGUGUAGUGCCUCCUGACCCACAAACUUUCUAUAUCUAGCCGAUUGCUUGAUUGUUGAACACCAAAGUCCAAAAGAAGGCAAGAUGGCUGAGAUGGGGAAAGGGGUCACUGCUGGAAAACUGGCCAGCAGUAUGCAGAAAAAGUUAACGCGCGCUCAAGAAAAGGUUCUACAGAAGCUGGGUAAGGCAGAUGAAACUAAGGAUGCCGCAUUUGAGGAGAGCGUGGCAAACUUCAACAAGCAGAUGGCAGAGGGAACCAAACUACAGAAGGACCUGAGGGUUUACCUGACAGCUGUCAAAGCGAUGCACGACUCAUCCAGGCGUCUGCAGGAGUGUCUCGCGGACAUGUAUGAGCCAGAGUGGUACGGCAAGGAGGAAGUGGAUUCCAUUGCAGAGGAGAUGAUAGAGAAGGAGCUGGAUGUUAUCUUGGAGGACACUGACCUUCUGUGGAUAGACUUUCAUCAGAAACUGGUGGACCAAGCUUUGAUCUCAAUGGAUACGUACCUGGGCCAGUUCCCUGAUAUUAAGGCGCGCGUUGCAAAGCGCGACAGGAAGCUGGUGGACUUUGACAGCGCACGACACCACGUUGCCUCUAUACAAAAGAGCAAGAAAAAGGAUGAGGUCAAGCUGGCCAAGCAAGUUGCACUCCUGGAGAAAGCAGCCCCUGUGUGGGCUCAGGGAAUGAUCUCAGCGCAUCAUGUUGCUCAGACUAACCUGUCGAGAAACCAGGCAGAGGAUGAAUUGGGACGAGCCCAGAAGGUGUUUGAAGAGAUGAAUGUAGAUCUACAAGAGGAGCUUCCAGCACUGUGGAACAGUCGUGUUGGCUUUUAUGUUAACACAUUCCAGAGUGUGGCAUCACUGUCAGAGAAGUUUCAUAGAGAAAUGGGAAAGCUGAAUCACAGCCUGAACGAAGUGAUGACCAAAUUGGAAGAACAGAACAAAAAGGGCUUGAAGGCAGACGGAGGAGUAAAGAGGGAUCUGGCUGGCACCAACCACAGCCUCACUCCACAGGAAUCACCCAUUCCCAAGUCUCAGUCCAAGGUGAUCAGGCCUGGGCCACCAGUGCCCCACCCUCCUUUAACCACACCCGAUAAAAUGGUCACGUCACCCUCACAGGUGAUGUCAUGGGAUAUGUGGGAGCCUGAGCAGGCCCCCGCAGAGCCACAGCAGUGGGACGAGGAUGCGCAGGCUGAUGUGCAGGCGGGCUGGGAGGGUGACGGAGCACAGUCUGCGGCAUCGGGCUUGGGCUAUGAGGGGGCAGAGACUGCGCAGUCAUCCUGGGACGACGAUGGCGCGCAGACUGCGCAGGCAGGCUGGAACAAUGAGGACAAUGCGCAGACGCACUGGGGAGAUGAUGGGGCCCAGGUAGGGUUGGAAGAGGAGGCUGCUGCAGAUGUGCAGCCAGGCUGGGACCACAGUGGAAGCCAAGCUGGGAGGACAGAGGAGCAGACUGCCGCUGCGCAGACGGGCUGCGCAGACACUGAGCAGCUACAGGGGGAGGACAGCGCAGAUGGGGGCUAUACUGAAGGGGAUGGGGAGUGCCAGAAUGAGGAGUCGGCCGACGCUGCUGGGACUGCUGGAGCAGAAUCUAAUUCUCUGCCUGCUGCCCAGGAUGAAGCGUCGCCAGUGGCAACAAGCAACGGGUCCGUGGAGGAGGUGGAGAUGCCUCCAGGAUUUCUCUUUAAAGUCAAGGCGAUGCAUGACUACAUAGCCAAUGAUGCAGAUGAGCUUGAAAUGAAAUCUGGGGACAUUGUGCUGGUUGUAUCCUACGACAACCCUGAGGAGCAGGACGACGGGUGGCUGAUGGGAAUGCUGGAGGCCAACUGGAUUAAGGAGAAAGGCCUUGCUCACAAGGGAGUGUUCCCAGAAAACUUCACCCAGAAUUUGUGAGCAGGAUGUCCCAACUUUACCCCUCACCAUUACCAUUGCUCAGGAAAACUGGAAGAAAGCCAGGCUUGGGAAGAGGGAAAAACUGCAUCAUCAUCUUUAACCACAGCAAUCCCAUCAUACAUCAUGUGCACCUCUGAAGUGAUUUGAAUUGUGUGUUGAGGGGCGGCUGCAAGUUCAUUGUCACUUUACUGUCCGAGCUUGUUACAGUUUCUCAAAGAGAGUCAUGUGAGUGUUGGAGUACGAAAGUGCAUCGCUCUGCAUACUCUUCAGUAGAGAUUUGUUCUUGUUUUUACUGUAUUUCUUAAUACCAAGUAAAUGGAGGGGGUAUGUUGUGCAUUAAGCUUUGCGUUAGACUCCACCUGGGAUCAUGAAACAUUGAUCUCCAUGACCUCAGGACCAGGCAUGGUACAAUGACAAUGAACUCAACAGAUUGAUUUGAGAGCAACCACAUCUAUGCCUCUCUUGACAUCUAGCCUUUGACAUCUAUGGCCGAAAGCGCUCCAGGAAGACUUCUGUACUCUUUCUUCUUUGUUUGUUGCAUUUAUUUAUGAUUGUUUUAUUUUUUUCCUGUGGUCACCUGUACUGUCUAAAAACCAGAACUGUCAGCAAAGUCCUCCAAACAAAAACUAUGAAAAGUGAAAAGGAGACAGGAGGGGCUUGUGGCUGUUUAAUAAAAAGGCACUGAAUGACGAAUGCUUGAAAAUAACAUUUUAAGUUUAAGAAAAGUUGUUAAAAAGUUGCAUGUAAUUCUAUUGCGAUAUAGCUUGUAGCAGAACUGAGAACUGUAAUGUAACAGUUCCGUUGGGACUCGCCGGGUGUGAGUUCAUUUUAUCAGGGUGAGUUGUGCUUCACCUGAACACUGUUGGGGCUGUAACAUCAUUAAAGGAAAAGUGGAAAUGA